AUGACACACGCCACACGCAUUCGCUCUUACGCCUCGGCGGUAGAGGGUUCGCUGGAUGCCCAGCCCAGAGCUUUAGCUCUGGCUGACGAAUUCCUGAGCGUGGCUACCGCUACUUCCCUGCUAAUCUGGCGCGUGCCCGCACAGGCGGGCCAAUCUCUGCCCCGCUGCAUCUUCAUAGGCCGUCUACAGGAUGCUGGGCGGUCCGCAGAAGUCCUGGCGAUGACUUGGUGUCCCACGUCGCGUGAAGAACUCGCUCUUGUCCUCUCUGACAAAACUGUUCAUAUCUACGUCUUCCCGGCUGAGGAUCCUGCAUCUCUGAGAACCUCAGAUCGUCUUCGAAGUCAUUUUCACCCCCAACACGCCGUGCAAGUGAAGUAUUGCCCUAGUGGCGACCGCCUCGCUUUGACCACAGGCUCUGACACCAUCGAAGUGCUUGAUAUCGAAGACAAACGAGUUCCAGUGUCCAUCGGCACGCUUAAAUGUGGUCGGCGUAACAACGGCGCGGUCGUUCUCUCCUUCGACUGGCAGGAUCGCGAUAAUCUCAUUGCCGCGAUCAGGAUCGAGACUGGCCGCGUGUAUAUCAGAAGCUAUACUAUUCCGAAAAGCUCUCAGGCAUGGGACGGAGUAUAUGGAGAAGCUAUCGAAACGGAACGGCUGCAGGGCAUUGACGCCGAUGUCAUGUACAACCACGGCAAGCUCACUGCUGCUGUGUUCGAUAACCAGUCGAAUUCCGUUGCCAUAUACCUUCCAGAUGGCGAUUAUCGCAGAAUUAAUUGCGAUCUCGCUCCGCCGCCACCAGGCUUUCCAGCCGUCACUCUGAUGGAUGGUGGUUGUGGUAUCUUGAUGUGGCGAGAGGGAGCCAUUCACCUUUACGAUACGAGGAAGGCCGCGGUGGCGCAGCGUUUGCCGGGCAAUGCCGCUGGUGUGAUGAUUGCAUUCAUUAAGGUCGACAACAUUUACAAGCAACUGGUCAUUGCAACGCAUGAGCAAGGGCUUUCGCACCGCCUUACAAUCUAUCACGGCUCUACCCCAAGAUUUAUGCUUGGCGCAGAUAUUCCCCCCUGGGUUUGGACGAGCCUAUGCAUCGUAUUGCUCGCUGUCGCUAUGAUUUGGGGUGUACAGCAAACCGGAUACGCUCGGGAGGAAUUACGAUCGCUAGCAACGAAGGCAUACGAGACGGCAGAGGGUGCACGCGCUAAUCUAGCCGCAUGGCAUCAAGCGAACCUACAGUACCGUCCUUGA